AGCUGCAGAAGUUGUACAAUGACUUGAUGAAAAGCUGCUUUCCUGUUCAGGAUGAUGCCUCCGAUAAUUACAUACUUGAUCCUUCUACUUAUUCCAGGAAGCUUAGCUACACAGUGUCUGGAAAUCUCAUUAGAUCCCAGUGACAGGGAAAUUCACUGGAAGACCAAUGUAACACUUCAUUGCAAAUGCACUUGUAAAACCUCCUGCUUUGAUAAAAGAACAGACGACUAUCGACUGAUGGAAAUAUUCCUGCUCCUGCCCAGCGGGAAGCAGGAGUUUGUGGGAGAAGCUACAAACGAUCACGGAAAUGGCUCGUAUGUUAUAGUGCCCAAUGAAAACGCUACGAUCCAGAACACAAUGCAAUAUCAAUGCAUGGUCUCUCGUGUUGGAGUUACUAAGAAAGUCAAUUUUACUGUUAUAGAGCCUCCCCCAAUCAUUGCAAACUUCAACAUUUCGUCGGAGGGAAACUACUCAGUGUCCUCCAGAGCUGUAAACCUAACCUGGUCUGUACCGAGCUUCUACCCGACAACAACUCAUCUCACUGUGGAAAUAAUGGACACCUACAAGGGGGGCAAAGAAAUAAAACCUACAGAGUCUCCGACACAAACCGAGAUGAGAGUAGACGGUCUGGCUCCGAACAGGAGGUACAAGUUUACAAUAACCAACUACAAUAAGAUAGGGACCCGGGGCUCUUCCCUCCCUGUGGCAGUGGUUACUAAUGAGGACGUUCCGGACGGGCGACCUCAGAACUUGAGAAUAGAAAGUCUGUCUCCAGAGGAACUAAUGAUAAGCUGGCAGCCGCCUUCAGAAGACAAACAAAACGGCAUUAUAACAGAAUACGAAACAACAUGCAUCUACCAGUGUGAGGGAAACUGUGAUGACGAGGAGGCGGGGGAGGAGGUUCCCAUCCACUCUAUAAGCACUAGCGAGCUCUUCUGGAAAUUAGGUGCUCUUAAAGAGGACUCCCUUUACUCGUGUGAAUCACGUGCUUACACGGCUGUGGGACCCGGUCCUAAAACUAACCCUAAUGUGGGCCGUACUCAGCAGAAACCUGUCACGACCCAAGUCCCCACGACCCCAGGCCCUGUUCCAACUCCCACCAGAGAAACCUCCGCAGUAACGGGCCAGUCCCAGAUGCCGGCCAUGGCUAUAGGCACUGUCAUAGGGGUCGUAGUGGUAGCGCUAGCAGCUGUAUUCAUUUAUAUCAACAGACAAAGGAUAUUUAAGACAACACACGAUAUUCUGAAGUCGGAGGACGAACCUAUGGACUCACCACGCCAUGGCAACUACGACAAGAAUUUACAAGUUGCUGUAGCAGGACUACAGGAUCCAAUGGAAGAAAGUAAAUGUAGCAGCAACAUCUCAAAGUUAGAAGCGCCCCCUAACCCUGGCUACAAGGGACCCACCCCUAACUCUGUUAUCUCCGCUAAACCUCCCAUUCCUAAUGUGGACUUCCCAAACCAUGUGGAACAGCUGCACGCUAUUGGAAACGUUGGCUUCAACAGAGAGUAUAAUUCAGUCAACCCUGGAGGGGGUUGGAGUUGUGAGGUCGGAGCAAAUAACAAGAAUAAAAACAGAUAUUACAACGUUAAGUGCUUUGAUCACACGAGAGUGAAGCUAACAACAGUGGUCGGAGGAGAGACUGAUUUUAUUAACGCUAACUUUGUCGACGGCUACAAUAAAAAGGGCGCAUAUAUCGCUACACAAGGUCCUCUUCCUAACACGUGUCUAGAUUUCUGGCGCAUGGUCUGGGAACAGAAAUCAUCAACAAUUGUCAUGGUAACGAACCUAGUGGAGCUAGCCCGGGUGAAAUGUCACCAGUAUUACCCUGAGAGUGGGUCUCUUACAUUUGGACCCGUUACAAUUACUCUUCUGGAAAGCAUUCCCCUUGCAGACUUUACAAUACGCUCUCUUAAACUGGAGAUGGCAGGAGAAGAUCCUCACAUUAUCAAACAUUUCCACUUUACUUCCUGGCCGGACCACGGCGUUCCUUCCUUUUCAAACGCUAUUCUCUCUUUUGUCAGACACGUUAAAAACGUGAAGUCAGUGGACUGUGGACCCAUAGUGGUUCACUGCAGUGCUGGCGUAGGGCGAACUGGAACCUUCAUGGCAAUAGACUCAAUGUUGGACAUGUCAGAGAAGGAGCACUGUGUUGAUAUAUUCGGUUAUGUAACCCUGAUGAGAACAUGUCGUCCUAGCAUGGUUCAGACCCAGGACCAGUAUAUCUUCAUACACGACGCUAUCCUGGAAGCGCUCACGUGCGGGGUGACGGAAGUGCGCGCACGGGACCUGCCCAAUCACUUUCAGUGGCUACUCGACACCGACACCUUCACCAACAACGUCCGAUUAGAUGACGAAUUCGAUCGUUUAGGAUACAAUAUCAGAGAUUUGUCUCACCAGAUGACAACAGCGCAAAUGGACCAGAACGCUUCUAAAAACAGAAAUAGGAUGUUCAUUCCAUACGACCAGUGCCGAGUGUGGCUGUUCCCUUUACCCAAACAGCCCUACAGUAACUACAUAAACGCUAGCUAUAUUGACGGGUUCAGGACACGAAAAGCUUACAUUGCAACGCAAUCACCCUUACCUCAAACUGUAGCGGACUACUGGCGCAUGGUAUGGGAGCUACAUUCCCUUACCACGGUAAUGUUAAACAGAGAGGACGAGAGUGAGCCCUACGAGGCUUACUUCCCUCUCAGUGGGUCAGCAGAAUUCGGCAACAUAAGAGUCGAGUUUAUCAGACAGGAGGACCACCGAGAUUACAGCGUUACUGUCCUCAGAGUAUACAACAAAGAGGAGGGUUUGAACCGAACAAUUUCACAUUUCCAAUUUUUCUCGUGGCCUGAAGACUCGCCGCCCACUAGCCGCUCCACCUUGUUGGAGAUGAUAACGAGACUAAACAAGUGCCAGCAGGCUUGUGGGAACAAAUAUCCUGUAGUGGUACACUGCGAUUACGGAAUGGGCCGUGCAGGAGCGUUCUUAGCGCUGUGUAUUUGUUUAGAACGAAUGAAAGUUGAGAAUGUGGUUGAUGUGUUCCAAACUGUCCGAACUAUGAGAUCUCAGCGACCGGUCAUGGUCAACACAACUAUGCUGUACCGUUUCAUUUUUAACUGCCUUGUUGAAUACCUGCAAACAUUAGACCUCUACGCGAACAUUAAAUGAGAACCCAACAUCUCUCCAAUCUACAAUCUACAUGUUCAAAUCAAGUUCUAAGUAUAAGCCUCGUAAGAAUAAUUAAUUAUUUAAUUGAUUUAUCAUUUAAUUAAUCGUUGGCUUGUCAGACUUACCCUAAAAUAUCAGAGAAAUACAGUUUUAUUAUAUAUAGUAGUGUUAUAUAGAGAAAUUAGUUACAGUUUUAUCAUAAAAUAUAGUAGUGUUCUAUAGUGAAAUAAGUUACAGUUUUAUUGAAAGUCAACACUUCAGAUAUUGCGAUCGGUAAAAUAAGUGACGAUUUUGGUAAAUGAAAACUUGAUUUUUUAAUUAAUUUUUGAUUUAUAUACUAUUCAUAUGCUAUUUGAUAUAACCCUCGCAUUAAGCCUGAAGUGGAUUACUUGUUUUAUCAUAUGUAUGGCGUGAAAAUGUUUUUAUUUAAAUUAUUGUCGAAAUGAAGAGUAGAACUUUAUUUAUAUGAAAUUUGGCUGCCAGAGGCAGAGUCGAUAAACAAAAGGUAAGAGCGUUAUAGGUAGUGCUAAUUUAUGGUGUAAGUCAGAUAAUUUCAUUUGUAUAAAAAUUUGCUUCAGUGAAAUUAGAUACUUCAUCCAGUCAAUUGAUUAGAAAUUGAAAACCCGUUAAAACAUAAGCACGAUAUGCGCCACGAUUCACAGAACCACGGGUUUUAAAAUUACAUAAAAUUUUAGGGGUUGAACUACCCCAAAAACUGGCUUUAUUAAAACUAGGGUAUAGCACAUACUGUGCUGAAUUUCUACUGUCAGGAUUUUACAAGCGUACAACAAUUGUAGAUAUGGGGUUUAAUAUGAUCAAAUUUGAGCGUGUUUUAUGUAGUGUUCCAAAAAAGGGGACAGAUUGCACUGUUCUAGUAUUGCAGUAAGUUAAUUCAAUCGCUCUUACUUUUUGUAAAAAUGAAGACCACAGUCUUUGUCCGUAUACUAUAGUUAUUAAAGAAUUGGGGGUCGGCAGGGAGGGGUCAGAAAUAACCCAGGUACCACCAUAUUGAGGUACAUCCCCCUCCUUUACUAAUAAUGUUCCCUUCCCCACCCCCGGUAAGAAUUUUGUGAAACCGCCUUCCCGUCCCUGAAAAACUAAGAAUGUUAAAGUUCUCCCUCCCUGAAACAUCGUCCCGUUGAUCUUGUUUCAUGCUUAACAUUAUAUUGCUGUUAAUUGUUGUAGUACACUACUGCUACUACUGUGAAUUAUUGUUUUGUAAAUUUUAUACUAACGGAAUGCAGCGAUAAACUUUUUUCAGGAAAUUUUAUUUUUUAAACACUUCUGACAAUUCAUAAUUUUCCUUCUGAAGUAACUUCCUGGGUAAAUUAUUUGUAAACGUAGAAUCACUCAUUUUUAUGGGUUGCUUUAUUUUAAAUGAUCAUACAACUGCACGGAGGCCUUGUUUUAUUCGAUCCAUUAUUUUUAUUACAAAUAUUUGGAAUUUUCGAAUAAUACCCGCCUUACCAUGUUUUCCAUAGUUGUACCUAGAAGUAGAAUUUAAGAGGCUGCACUUCACGCCUUAAAACCGUCUAUUGUGAUACUGUAUUGUGUUUGCUUUUUAAAAAGUGGUUUUACUUAGCGUUGUAACGAAUACACAGAACUUAUCAGU